AUGUCCAUUGAAUUCUGUGACAGAGACGGAUUAGAAAAAUAGCUCGUUGCCAAGGCAUAAAAUGAGAAUCGCGCGAAGAAUAUGUAAAAUCAACCCAUGCUAGAUUUUGUUUGAAAGGGUUCAAUGAGCUGUUGCAUUGCGAUACAUCACGUAGUAGUUAAAACAGUCGGUGAUGUUAUACGUGGAAUAUGCAACAUUUUCUGUGGCUACUCAAUAGCAAACAAAACUGCGCAUAUGGAUCUGUACUUGUAAGUGAUAACAGCACAACAGAAUUUAACAGGAUGCUGGCGUAAAAAAAGACACCGAAAAGGACUUCCGAAACUGAAGAUUAUUUCUUCUGCCAAUUCUGAGUGUUGUGAUACAGCCAUAAUUCUGAUUGAACCAUCAAGGCCAAAGCUGGUGUGCUUAGAACAGACAUUAUGGCUUUUAUGUACCAAAAAGUACUGUCAGUGAUCACCCAGCCACCGGAUUCCAGACCGGAUGCUAUGAUCGAGCAGCUGAUCCCCUGGUUCCAGAAGAAAUCCGAACUGUUUAGAUCAGUUCAAAAAGAUAUUUUAAAGGACAUCAUUCGCAACUGCAAUUUUCAGCACUGUGACACAGAUUACGUAAUCAUACACCAAGAAGAAAAGGGAGACAGAUUUUAUAUCAUACUCCACGGACAAGUUUCUGUUUACUUCAACAAUAAACUUGGAGAUGGAGAGAUAGUUUUGGAGAACGAAGACAGUUCUGUUCGCUCCAAGCCUCUGGACAGGCGGCCAUACGGGGCUUACGUCACAAGCCUGGAUGAAGGUAAAAGUUUUGGUGAAGUAGCCCUGAUUACUGAGGACUGCGUCCGUACCGCCUCCGUUAUAGUCGACACCAAGACAGAUUUACUGGUCGUCAGCAGAGAACUAUUCAAUCGCUGUCUAAGAGCCGCCAAGGAACAAGAGUUUAAUGCAAAGAUGGCCUUUGUAAAUAACUGUGAAUAUUUCUGUAGCUGGCAACCCAAGUGCAAAAGACAGCUUGCCAUGAGCUUGAUCAAAAGAACCAUCCCCUUUGAUGGUCUGAUUUUAAAGCAGGGCGACCCAGUGGAGGGGAUAUUUUAUAUUAUCAGAGGCCAAGUUAAAAUCACCAUGCAGCCAUCACUCCAUUGGCGGCAGAACAACUUCACCAAUUUCCGAGGAAGCCAUUGGAGCAAACCUGACGGCAAAGAAGACGGACGCCUGCUCAGCAAAGAAGUUGGAGCCAAUAGAACAAAACCCUUGACUGUCACCAACUGGCUUGGACACCGAGGCAGAAGUGUAGAGGUGUGCAUUUCUGGGACAGGGGAGGCUGUAGGUGACAUAGAAGUGUCUUUCGAUGUUCCUCGCUACCUACAGACUGCAGUUGCUGCGGUUCCAUGUGAAGUUUUUCUCUUGACAACCAGGUCUUAUGAACGUCAGUUAAUGAAAAGAUAUUCCAAGACGGCAGAUGCAAUAAAGGCACACUGCAAAGCUAAGAUAGAGAGAAGGUUGGAUAGACUGGGAAAUAUGGACGACACCCAUUUUUUACGCAGCUUGCAUACGGAUUUACAGUUUGGAAGAACAGACAAAAGACAACAAAAGUUAUCUCAAAGUUUAAGUGGGGUUACUUUCGGCAAACAAUCCGGUUUCAUUCAUCGAGACUUUGACUCAAAACUGACAAAAAAUAAAAUGUUUUGGAACAAGAGCAGAACCGACGACAGAGCGACCAAGAUAAAUCCAUGGGAAAACCCGUCUCACCUAAGUAAUAAUGUUUCCCCAGGAAAUACUGGCGAAAACCGAUCAAUAUUUACAUUCAGUUGCCACAAUAAAGCACUUAAGGAUGGUAAAGUCAAAGGCGCGGUAGAACCUUUCCGGGACUGGCAAACCAGCGACGAAGCAUUGAGUAGUCUGGAAAUGAAGCUUGAUUCCUGGCACUCUGAGAUGAAAUCAAAAGACAAUAAGAAAGAGCGAGUAUUUCGACUGCGGCGCUUCUCAAAUGAUGAUGGCACGAGAAGGCCGCUCCCAGGACAGAAAGUCAUGCUAUCUCCCAAAAAUGCGAAAGGAAAACUUCAGUUUAGAUAUACUCUGAACAGUGCUUAAAACCUGAACGUCUACCAAAAUGUGCUCGUAGGUAAAAUUGCGACUCAUCAGUUGAGAACAAGAAAAAACACAAUGGGAUGUACCAAGCUCAACUAACGCAAUCACACCUUUGCUGCUAUAUGCCUCAAUAUAUUGUAUUAGCGAAAUGCAUUUUAAAAAGAUAGCAAUAUUUGAACUUAGACGGACAAGGCUUUUGUUGACCGUUUUAUUAUUAUAAUUAUUACCAUUAUUGCUUGUUCAUUCAAGGAUAUGUCAAGCACUGACGUAAAUGUAGCGGUACUGGAAUACAGGACUGUUCAUUUGCAAAUGCAACGCAAGGCCUGUCAUUAUAUUCCAGGCUUGGGUUCAUGAUCAGGAUGUUUAGUACAGAAAGGGUCAAGGAUUUUGAAGAUUAUCUUAGGAGAAUAUGUCCUUUCUCCGAGCAGAAUACUUUUUAAUGUGUUUACGUCUUGGAUGAGCACUGACACUUUGAAAACAUGCACCUAUUUAAUAAAGGGAACGCCCCUUCCGAAGAUCAUUCUACGUUCGACUGCAUGUGCGUCUUAAGAUUUUAAAACGGGUAUUUGGUUGGAUAAUUUGAAGUCUUUCAUGGUCUAGAGAUAAGAGAUACGCU